AAAUUCAGAGACUAGAAAAACAGAACAAAAUUUUACAAAACGAAAAAAAAAACAUUUUUUGGCGAUUAAAUUACUUGUCAGAAAUUCUAAACCGAUUUUAGAAUGGAAGCCGGAGCCCAAGAGUGUAAGGCACUCGUCAUCAAGAUGGCCCAGAAGAACAAGGAGACGCAGACCAUGAAAAUGGGUUCCAACAACUGGUUCGCUCAGGUCGCUGCCUUUCCGACUGUGGGACAAAGCUACGCCGGCCACCCCUUGGCGACUAUCCAGGCAUUCGUUCCCCGUCAACCAUCGUCUUCGUGCCAGUUCUACAUGAACCGCGAGCAGGAGCUCUAUCGCCGGGCUUGCCGCAUGAAGGGAAUCGAGGACUAUUUGGUAACGCCAUCCGCUGAAAAGAUGCCCCAGGACUCGUACCGCUACACACUAGAGGAGAUGAAGAGCCUCAACCCCUAUCGCUUAGUCGAUAUCGAAGACUAAGCCGACCGGAAGCCUUAAGCCGGAAACACGACACAGCCACACCAUACAUAAACGUAGCGGGCCACAACACCACAAUGUACAUAUGUCUGCUCCUUACACAGCACAAGCACAGCAGAGCAGGGCACAGCACCAAAUAAAAAGUACAAGAUGUAUCGUU